CCGACUCUCCUUCACAUUCGCCUCUCCGGACUGAGAGCUGUACUCUCAUGAACGUCUGAGCUAAUCGGCCGCCUGGGGAAGAAUGGGAUGCGUUAUGGUUUGGAAUGUACUGUUUGCACUUAAAGGGAGUAGUUUAUUUAUCUUUUAAACACGUUAAUUUGAUGAUUUAAGUUAACUGCUUUUGCCAAAAUAUGUCGGCCGCCGACGAUGCCCGCAGCCCGGAGCAGCUGAAUAAAUUUGAAAAGCUGUCAGGGAGUCCUCCCCUCAGAGUGGCAGGCUCUAAGAAGAGAGUUCGCUGGCUUCAGGCUCAACGAAUCCUCGCCCAACCAUGCCCCAGCCUGCGGAUCCCUAACAGGUUUUUAAGAGAAGGUCACCGAGCGCCCCCUGCCCGGAGUGGACACCGCUGUGUUGCUGACAACACAAACCUGUAUGUGUUUGGAGGCUACAAUCCGGACUACGAUGAGUCAGGUGGCUCAGAGAACGAAGACUACCCGCUGUUCAGGGAGCUGUGGAGGUACCAUUUUGCCACAGGGACGUGGCAGCAGAUCCGCACAGAGGGCUAUAUGCCCACCGAGCUGGCCUCCAUGUCAGCUGUUUUGCACGGUAAUAACCUGCUUGUUUUCGGUGGCACUGGAAUCCCCUUUGGAGAAAACAACGGGAACGACGUGCACGUCUGCAACGUCAAAUACAAGAGGUGGUCACUGCUAAACUGCAGAGGGAAGAAGCCUAACCGGAUAUAUGGACAGGCAAUGGCCAUAAUAAAUGGCUUCCUCUAUGUGUUUGGAGGGACGACAGGCUACAUCUACAGUACAGAUCUCCACAGGCUGGACCUCACCACACGUGAAUGGAUUCACCUCAAACCAAACAACCCUCCAGAUGAUCUACCUGAAGAGCGAUACAGACAUGAAAUAGCCCAUGAUGGACAGAGAAUAUACAUCCUUGGAGGAGGAACCUCGUGGACGUCUUACCCCUUAGACAAGAUUCAUGCAUAUAAUCUUGAAACAAAUUCAUGGGAGGAGAUCACGACGAAGCCUCAUGAAAGAAUAGGGUAUCCAGCUCCAAGGAGAUGUCAUAGUUGUGUGCAGAUUAAAAAUGAUGUAUUUAUAUGCGGGGGCUAUAAUGGUGAGUUGAUCCUUGCUGACCUGUGGAAGAUCAACCUGCAGACUUUCCAGUGGACUAGACUGCCUGCAGUGAUGCCUGAGCCUGCGUACUUCCACUGUGCAGCGGUCACCCCGGCUGGAUGUAUGUACAUCCACGGUGGGGUAGUGAACAUCCAUGAGAACAAGAGGACUGGCUCUCUGUUUAAGAUUUGGCUGGUGGUCCCCAGCCUGCUGGAGCUGUGCUGGGAGAGGCUGCUUAAAGCCUUCCCACACCUGGCCCGGCUCUCUGCCAUGCAACUGCUGAACCUAGGUCUCACGCAGGAACUCAUUGAACGUUUAAAGUAAAGAGCAGGCAUGUUGGCACGCCUCUGCUUGGGAAUCGAGGACGGCAGCGAUGCACUUGAGCCAGGGUCUGGAGACAACGAACACAGGAGACAUUUUUAAAGACCCCUUCUUCUGGAAUAUGUCCUACGAUGUAGCCUGCCUUAAAACCAAAAACUAUGGGAUGCCUUUUUUUUUUUUCUUUAUGUAUGCACUUUUAAUGAUUUCAACUAUAAAGUGGAAUGUUUCAAGUCCUCGCCCACUUCUAAAGCAACGAGUCAGCGACCCGAAAAAAAGAAAAUGCUCCAUUUCAUCUUUUUAGGACUAUGCUCUUAUUUUAAUGGCCUCUAGCCAGUUUGCUGUUAUCAAACAGGACUGCAUGUUGUGGUUUUUUUGUUUUGUUUGUUUUUUUUUUUUUGCCUUCUUUUAUUAAUCUAACUUAAACCAUUUUGUGUUUCCCGGUUUAAACUUGUUCUUGAAUGAUCACUCUGGUUUGCUCUACUUGGGAGUCCAGACCCAGGAUGGUGCCAGGUGUAAAUGUGAUGUUGAAUUGUUGAAUGAGUGUUGUUGGUCAGCAAACAUGUAGAAACAGUGCAUUCAUAUUUCCCCAGGUAGGAAUCGCGUUGCAAACUUUCUACUUAAGACACAAAAUAAUGUAAUAUAUCUUCCUUGGUAUCUGUUGUAUUUUUGUUGUUGUGUAUUCCAAAUGUUUCAUCACUGUGAAUAAGGUGCUCCUUAAUAUACUUUAUUUGCUUUUACUAAAAUAAAAACUACUUUUUCCUUCUGCCAAAACUAAACACCCCUCACGUCCAUCUUUAAAUGAUGACAUCCAGUGAUUUUCAUUCAACUAAUUUGUGCCUUUUCAAGGAAGAACAGAUUUUGUGCUAAAUUUUGCUUGCGUCUCAACAAUGGUGACACCAAGCCUUGCUGUAAGCACUUUAUAACUUCUUAUUUAAAUUGUAUUCUCCCAAAAUUACAGUACUUUAGGUCUUCUGUCAUCAGUUUAGUUUUUUUCUCUAUUUUUUUUAUUGACUGCUCAAUUUUGUGAGAUUUAUUUAAAAAUCUUUGAGGCUUCUGUAUAUUUCUGUGCAUGUAGUGGCAGUGCUGAAAACUCACCGUUUUAAAUUAGCAAUAAUGUAGCCAGAAACUCAUCUUUUACUGUAACAAGUGUUAUUUUGAUAAGUACGAAGCUCUGAGGAAAAGCUAAGCAUGUCAUUUGACUGAACGGCAAACACUGCAGCUUGUAUUCAUACUAUUUAUAUAUUGCCUUUUAGACUUACGAUUCAUACAGUUUAUGGCCGUCUAAACGAUUUAAAAAAUUAGGCACCAGCAGAAAAUCACGUCAUGAGGGGGAAAAAAAAUCAAACCUAUUUUAGAUCCAACUAGUUUUGCUACAACUGUCCAUUCAUUUCCGUGGUGUUUAGCAGGGCUCCACUCUUCCUCUUUAUGUUCUGCCCUUAUUAUUGUUUCUGCAUGGCUAGCACUUCUUUGCAUGAGGUCUAAACUCUAGAGGUCUUGCUACUUUCACCCAGACUUUUAGGUCUGCAGAUGGUCCAAAUUAUCUGCGCUACAAUGGUGUCAAAUGUUCAUCUGUUGAACAUACAGCUACAUGAGUCUGAAUUAAGUCUGUGACAUAAAAAUAAAAUCAUUAUUUUACACUGACGAAGGGUCGUGCUGGAUUAGAAUUCCUGCUGUGCAGCAAAUGGUUUUAAGGCAGUCAUUGAAUACCUGUAUUAGUGUGCCUGUUUUGUGUUUGCAUUGUAGGGAAUUCAAUAAAUUUGUUCCAAGUUG